AUGAACCCCAGCGACUUCCCCCCCUCCGGCGGCUCCGACUUCCCCAACACCACCACCUGGGACGAAGCCCAAGCCGCCAACAUCACGCUGCGCACCCCCGGCCUCGAUCCCGCCGGCAACCCCCUCCCGGACGACGUCUUCUCCCUCUACGAGCUCGUCACCUGCGCGCUGGCCUCGCGCGCGUGGCCCAACCACCACCUCUUCUUCAAGAUCGCCGACGCGCCCGACAGCCAUACCGAUAUGCAGGAGUUCGCGGACAACCUGCGCCGGCGCCGCGCCGACAAGGUGUACGACCGCAAGCUGUUCACGUUCCUGCGCGACCUGGCCAUCAUCCAGCACACGAUGAACCCGGGCCCGAGCACCGAGGAGGCGUUCUUGCAUGCAGAUGGGGUCGUGGAUAGGGCGAGGGAGGUGGAGAGGGGCUUGGAGGAGCUUCUGCAGAAGGUCAAGGAGGAGAAGAUGCGUCCUGCCGCGGGCAGGAAGGGCGUUGGCAGGGUUGAGGGAGAGCAGAAGAAGGUGGUUGCGUUCCCGGGCGAUCUCUCGGCGGUCCGUAGGGCCAUUAACGAGUCUUUUAAGGAUGUCAAGUCCGAGGACGAGGGCGAGAAGGGUGAGGAGGAUAUGGGCCAGGAUGGGGAGAAGGAGGAGAAGAAGGAGAACAAGAAGGGCAAGGGCAAGGCCUAG